CGAUAAUUUUGGGAAUAUUUUUUUUAAAAAAAUUUUAAUUUGUUUAAAUAAAGAGAGACAGUUUGAGCCGCGUAGCUCGCAACGAACGAGAUGACGACAAAUCAAAUUCCAACUCCCGCUGGAGCAGCAGCAGCAGCUGUGCCCCCAGUUGCAGGCCAGUACGCGCCGAUGAUGGCGUAUUCUUUAGGUAUGGUAGCGGCCACGGUCGACAAUGUUACAGGGAAAGACAUUAGUCGAUAUUUUGAUAGGUUGGAGCAAAGGGCGGAACUAGACGGAUGGACUGAAUUGGAAACUUUGCGGAUAUUUAAAUACAAAUGUAUAGGUGACGCGUAUGAUUUUUUGAGUUCAGACUCCACUUUAAGGGAGUUAGGGUACCGGGACAUGAAAGCCAAGUUCCUGGAACAUUUCGCUACGACUUUGCUACCUGGAGAGUACCAGCUUAGCUUAAACAAAUGUUACCAGCGGCACGAUGAAUCCGUGACUGGGUUUUGUACCCGAUUGCGGCUGAUAGGAACCAAACUGUUAAAGGAAGAUUUGAAGAAUGCAACUCAGGAAGAGAAAGCCGGGAUUAGGAAGAAGAAUCAAGAACUAAUAUUAAACCAAUUCAAGAUGGGAUUACGAAGGGACAUCCUCAAAGAAGUAGGACUGAUGUUGUUAAGAGAAGACAACCUAACCUUGGAGAAGGCGGAAGAAUUGGUAAAGCUCCAUGAAACCAACAUGAAGAUGUUGCAAGGAAGAAGCGCUGGUCCAGUGGUUAUGGCAGUUAACUGUUACAAAUGUGGAGAAGACGGGCAUAUAGCAAGGAAUUGUAGGAGGAGUGAAGAUAGGGACAUGGUACAGGGAAAAAGAGACGAGUGUUUCCUGUGUAAUAGGACCGGACACUGGGCAAGAGAGUGCCCUAAUAGGCAACAGUCCAGAGGCGGUUUUAGUAAGGAAAGUAGAGUAAAUUUUUAUCGAGGCGACAGACUUGACGUCGGACACUUCAGUGGGGGAAAUAGGAGUAAUUUUGAUGAUACAGGAGACUUUAACAGUGGAAAUAGGAGCAACUACGGUGAUAAAGGAAAUUUUCGUAGGGGAAAUACAGGUAGUUUUCGUCAGGACGACGCGAGUAGGGGAAAUUGGAGCCAAUAUGGAUACAGAGGUGCAAAUAAUUUCCGUGAUCAAUACGAGGACCGGCGACAGGAUAAUUAUGGCGGAAGAAGAGAAUUCGGGAGUAAUGAAGAUAGAAAUAAUGGUUUUAGAAGAUACGAAGAUAGGUGCGCAAUCAAGAGUGAAAGUCGACAAGAAAUGGAUUUGAGAAGAANAACAAGAGACGAGUGUUUCCUGUGUAAUAGGACCGGACACUGGGCAAGAGAGUGCCCUAAUAGGCAACAGUCCUGGGGCGGUUUUAGUAAGGAAAGUAGAGAGACUUUAACAGUGGAAAUAGGAGCAACUACGGUGAUAAAGGAAAUUUUCGUAGGGGAAAUGCAGGUAGUUUUCGUCAGGACGACGCGAGUAGGGGAAAUUGGAGCCAAUAUGGAUACAGAGGUGCAAAUAAUUUCCGUGAUCAAUACGAGGACCGGCGACAGGAUAAUUAUGGCGGAAGAAGAGAAUUCGGAAGUAAUUAAGAUAGAAAUAAUGGUUUUAGAAGAUACGAAGAUAGGUGCGCAAUCAAGAGUGAAAGUCGACAAGAAAUGGAUUUGA